GUUCCUUGGGUCUGCAUGUCUGAAUCUCCCAGCUUUGAGGGCUUCACAUUCCAGCUCUAUGCACCCCGAUCCCCCAGUUCUGUGCGCCCCAACAUGCCCUGGCUCAGUGCACUCUGGCUCCCUGGGUCUGUAAACCCUGACCCCCGGCUCUGUGCACCCCAAUGCCCUGGCUCUGCUCCAAGCACCCCAACCCCCCUGGCUCCAUAUGCUCUGGUUUCCCAGCUUUGUGCCCUCCAAAUCCUCGAGCUCUGUGAAUGCCAGUCCCCAGGCUUCGUGUGUACCCCCCGAGCCCUGCGCACCUCACUCCCCUGGCCUGGUGCACCCCAACCCUUUGGCUCCAUAUACCCCAAUCUCCUGGCUUGGUGCUCCUCAAAGCCCCAGACCCAUGCACCCCACUUCCUCUGCCUCAGUCUCCCCCAAUCCCCUGGCCCCACGCACCCCAGUUCCUCUGGCUCAGUGGUCGCCAGUCCCCCAACUUUGAGCACCCCAAUCCCCUGGCUCGGUGCCCCCCAUCUUGGUGCACUGCAAUCCCUUGGCUUGGUGCCCCCAACUCCCUAUCUCUGUGCACCCCGAUCACUUGGCUCGGUGCCCCCAAUUCCGCAUGUCUGUGCACCCCAAAUCCCUGGCUUGGUGUCCCCAAUCCCCCGCUCGGUGCUCCCUGCUCCCCCGCACUCCAGUCCCCGCCACCCCCCGGUCCUUCCCGGUCGCGGCUCCUCCUCCUCCUCCGCCGGCGGGACCCGGCCGGAAGCGGCCGCAGCCAAUCAGGGCCGUGGCCGCCGCCCCGGGACCAGCCCCGCCCGUCGGCGGAGCGCGCGCUCCCGCCCGUCCCGCGCCGACUGCCCGCUCAAGGCAUUUACCACAAGAGAGAAGUUUCCCUUUGAGAAGGACACCCGGGACUUCACUUGCAUCUGCUUCCUCACCCCGGCUUUGCUCCUGCCGAGGAUGCUCUGCCCGCUGCUUGCCCUGGGAGCGCUGGCGCUCAGCCUGGCAGGUGCCAUGGAGGUCCAGGUCCCGGAUGAGCCCGUGGUGGCUCUUUUUGGCCAAGAUGCCACUCUGGACUGCUCCUUCUCCCCCGAUGCCAACUUCAGCCUUGACGACUUGACUCUCAUCUGGCAGCUGACGGACACCAAGCGCUUGGUCCACAGCUUCUCUGGUGGCCGGGACCAGCUGCUAGACCAGGGCGGGGACUACGCCAACCGUACGGCCCUCUUCUAUGACCAGCUGGCCCAGGGCAAUGUCUCGUUGCUCCUCCGACGUGUGGAGGUCUCAGAUGAAGGCAGCUUCACCUGCUUUGUCCGGGAUUCCAGUAGCGCGGCCGUGACAUUGCAGGUGGCAGCUCCGUACUCCAAGCCCAGUAUGUACCUGGAGCCCAACAAGGACUUGAAGCCAGGAGACCUUGUGGCUGUGACUUGCCACGCUUCUCGUGGCUACCCCCAGGCCAGCGUCCUCUGGCAAGAUGGCCAGGGCAGCAACAUCACGGAAAACAUCACCACGUCCCAGGUGGCCAACGAGGAAGGUCUCUUUGAUGUGCAAAGUGUCCUCCAGGUGCUGGUGGAGCCCAGCAGCACCUACUUCUGCCUGGUGCGAAACCCGGUGCUGCAGGAGGAGACCCGUGCCUCCGUCACCAUCACGGGCCAACACCCCCGCUUCCCCACCGUGGCUCUCUGGGUGACAGUGGCACUCGCCAUCUGCGUCCUGGGGCUGCUCAUCGUCCUGGCAUACGUGUGCCAGAAGAAAAUCCGCGAGAGCUGUGAGGAAGAGGAGGAAAACGCAGGGACAGAGGAGCAGAUCGGAGAGGGGGAACAGUCCAAGACAGCUCUGCAGCCGCUGAAGAGCAAGGAAAGCAAAGACGAUAACGAGCAAGAAAUUGAUUGACAGGAGUUGGGACACCCCCAAGCAGCGCCUUGUACCCUGGACCAGCUGAGAUGUCCCUAGUUGGGGACAAGUGGGGUCCCCUGGGGAGGGCACGGACCUGCUGCCACCCUCAUCCCAGGCCCUGUCACCCUCCACCUUCCCCGGCUGUGUCUUCGGGGUGCCCUGGGGCUGGAGAGAGGUUGCAUCUCUUUAUCCCCGGUGAACCCUGAAGACCACUGCAUCCUUCUCAAGGAUGCUGUAUCGCGGGUGGAGGCUCCUCCUCGUCCGUCUGUCCGUCCCCAUGUGGGGCUGAGAACAACUGAGCACCCUCUGUGCCUGCUUCUGGGUGGCCACAGCCAAACAAGUUGCCUUCCAGGUGCCUUCCGGGGCAAAUUUCGGUGCCUUUUCCAAGCCAGAGACCUUGGGAUGGGUGAUGGGCUCAGCGAGGUCCCUGGGAGCGACCGACGGAGCUCUGGGAAGAUGGAUGGGAGCUGCGGGAUGCCCAGGCACAGGGGAGACAGAGCCCAUGCUCUUGGCCCCAAUGAAUGUGUCACUCCGGGGACGUAUGGGGACGAUUAUUUUUUCAUGUUACACCAGUGUGGCUCCCACUGGACUUUGAUUUUUGCCUUAAAUGCAAAAUCCCACUGGGGUGGGUAUCCCCUGCCUCAAAUUAACCUGGGAGAUUUUUUUGAGGGGUGGUUAAAAGGCAGGGCCUGGGGGUGACCUGCUGGCCAGGUGAAUCAUAGAAUCAUAAAUGGUUUGGGUUGGAAGGGACCUUAAACAUCUCGUUCCACCCACCCUGCCAUGGGUAGGGACACCUUCCACUAGACCAGGUUUCUCGAAGCCCCAUCCAAGGUGGCGUGUCCCUGGUCCUGCUCCGGUGGGUGAAGUCCCCACUGUGCCCUUCGGCUCUUCUGCUGGUUUUUGUCCUUAUUUAAAAUCCAGAAGCUGAAGGGGACUUUUGUGCCUUGACGAAAUAAAUUCGGGGGUUGUUUUGGACACUGCUUUCUGGGCUUGGCGUGGUCUCCGGGAUGCAGCUUUAGCCGUAAUUAGUUUAAAUACUGAAAUUCCCGGAGUGAAAGCUUUGUGUCCCUCUUUCAGACCUGCCCUGUUUGUCCCUCGGUCCCUUGUUACUACCAUGAUACCUUACACUUUGCCACCCUCAUCCCUCACCCAGCAUGGGGGAAAAACCACUCCAGCGAAGGGGAGGACCUCUUGUUCCGCUUUAUUUUAACACUUCAAGCAGCAGAACGAAGAGCAAAAUCCUGAAGGGACGUUGUCAUCUGUCAGACAUUGCUCAGAAAUUCAGGCUGGUUAAUGCCAUCGAUGGGAUGCAAGUGGGGUCUGAUGGGGAAGGGACCUUCCUAAGUCACCUGUGGAAGAUUAUUUUUAGUUGUCCUUCCCUGGGCAUGAAGCCAGGCUCUACAUUUUGAUAGAAAAAUAUCUCUUACAGCGAGAUGAGGGAAAGCGUGCUGGUAUCAAACCCAGAUUAGGGAGGGGAUGGAUUUUAUUUUGGGGCUUUGAUCUACAGCCUGAAUUAAGUGCCAGUGCCAUUUUUAAUGACAUGCCAGGAGGUAUCAUUAAUGAAGCCGUUAACCACCUCCAGCUCCUUGGUGGGUGGCGGGAUGUGUUGUCCCCAUGUCCAUCUUGAAAGGUCCUGAGAUGGUGCCGGCGUCCCUGGGGAUGUCUCCUCCAGCUGGAGCUUUCUGGGGCAGUUCUUUGGGUGGAUCUGAGGGGUUUCCAUCCUUCCCCUCCCACUCCCGGCUAACAGUGAGUUUCCAGUCACGAAAGUGGGAUUUAACAGGGGUACAGAGGGCGAAGGACCCGGCAUGGAGAGCUGGCAGCAGCUCAGCUGCUGGAGCUCGCUCGUGUUUGCUCUUAUCCCUCCCGGGAGCAGGCGAGGCUGCGAGUUCAUCCAAACACCCUCGACGGGUGAAAAAACAACUACUAAAUCGCAUUUGGCUGGUUAUUUCAGAAAGCAUCAGAAUGAGUCUCCCCAUCCAAUCAUUUUGAAAAUCCCUUUCUACCUCUGCUUGGGGAGCAAUAACCAAAAGGAGAUUUAAAUUUGUCAAAGACUCCAGGAUUUGUUGUGGGUGACAGGUUUUCAUUUCAUUUCCCUUUGGUUUUCUCCCAGCGCAACAAGUGAGAUGGGGAAACCCCCCAGCUCAGCACCAGCUCUGCGCAUUUGCUUUCCAGGGGCAAGCCGGAGCCAAUGCAAAGCGCUGGCACGCUCUAAAGUUCCUUUUUGGCAAGAAAAGGCCUUGAAAAACUCUCCGUUUGUGCCAUCGGUGCUGGUACCCAAAUCAUUUUGAUGGGGGAUGCCGAGCGACGUGGUAUUCCUAAGGAAACGUUGUGGAGUCAGCACUUUCAGAGCCAGUUUUUCCCUCUCAGGACCCAUUUUUCAGAGCCCAGUCCCAAGCGGGUUAUUCCCCGUGCAUCUGGUUCUGUUAAAUCAGAGUUAGCAGUGGGGCUGAGAGACGUUUUAAUUACAGAUUUGGAUAUCCUGCGUGAUUUAUCCCGGGUAACUCAAGCAAUUUAUCCCUCAGCAGUUACAAGGGAUCCGAAGCAGAAAGGAAGCACAGGGAAUAUUUAUCGUGGUGACUCAGAAGCCGUUUAAGAGAGAUUUGAAACGAAACAGUGACAUUGCUUUAAAAAACCCCUACCUGGCGUGAAGAAGUUGUCUCCAGCCAGGAAAAUUAAUGAGCAAUGCCAUUUUCAAACUCCAAUUCCCCUUUAUUUCCCAUGUUGGCCAAGCAUUUCUCUGUGGGCUGGCAUGGGGGUGAGGGAACUGGGGUGAUGUUUCUAUGUCAUUUUAUGAUCGGGUGGCAUUUCAAUGUCGUUUUGCCAUCAUUACUCGGAGUAGAUGAGACAAACCCCUCAGCAAUGCUUUUGCAAGCGGAAUCUGAGCCAUGAUAGCAUCAUUUUCUCGGGGACGAUGGAGGGAGGUUGGUGUUGCUUAAUGAGCCUUAGAGAAACAUGUGCUGUCUCAGGUAAGGAAAUGUUGCUUAAAUAUUGCCGGAGAAGUAUUCCAUUCCCUGAUUAAUACAGUAUUUAACACGCCAGUGAAGAAGCACCCUGGCAAAUAAAGCCCUGACAGUGCAGUUCUUUGCCGUGCCCGACAGAGAGAUGAUUUUUCUCAUCUCAGGUGCUGAAGUUGUGAAUAAAACUGAAAAAUUCAGAAGACCCAUCCCAAAGGGAGGUUGGGAUAUUGCUUUCUACAGCAUGGAUCCAAGAUUUUCACCGUGGGAGUCGUCGUGCUCAACCCAAGGCUUUCCGAGGAGCGUGGAUGGGACGUACGCAGCCAUUGGUCUUGCCCACCUAGCAGAAGACCCCAAGCUUCUGUUAACCCACUGCGGCAAAAAGAUGUCCCCCAGUGUCCUUUGUUCCCGGAGGAAAUCUAUACUCGGAGGACUCUGCAGACAGAAAGGGCUAUUAAAUGCAGAUUACGGUGAUGGAUAAGGCACAAGCUGCAGCACGAGAGAAGGGAGGUGGUGGAUGAUUUUUAUUGUUUGCUGCCUAUUGAUUUCUUUUUGCACCCGAACGAGAAUAAAAGCAGUUCCCCAUUGAA